AUGGCAGCGCCGCCGCCGCCGGCGCUCCCGGACGAGCUCGUCCAAGAAAUCCUCGCCCGCCUCCCGCCGGACGACCCAGCCUGCCUCCUCCGUGCCUUCCUCGUCUGCAAGGCCUGGGGUUGCGCCGUCUCCCUCCCCAGCUUCCGACGCCGCCUCCACGACCUCCACCGACCACCCCCCUUGCUUGGGUUCCUUCCCAACUGGGCUAGCGAGGGCACUCCCAGCUUCAUCCCCACCACCGCCUCAUCCUUCUCCCUCGGCGCUCCGGACUGCCUCAGGUGGCGGGCCCUCGACUGCCGCCACGGCCGCGCCCUCUUCUUCUCCGUGAACCAGGACGCUAGGACACUCCUAGUGUGGGAGCCAAUCACGGGCGCCCGGAAGCGCUUUCCGGUGCCCGCAGCGUUCGAAAUCACAUACGCUGCUGAGUUCCCGAGCAACCGCCCGAUUGCGGCUGUGUUGUGCGCGGCGGACGGGUGCGAGCACCGCGACUGCUUCGGGGGUCCUUUCCGCGUGGUCUUCCUCUUCGAGGAUGACACCGCGGAGGAGGAGCAGAAUUGUGUCAUCUGGGCGUGCGAAUACUCGUCUGAGACUGGUGCCUGGGGCGAACUGACCUCGUUGCACACCAAGUUCUUCAAGGAAGUCACAGAAAAUUCCAGCGUGCUCCUUGGCAGAUCUCUCUACUUUGUGGCCACUAAGUCUAUUCUGGAGUAUGAUUUGGAAGGGCACGCCAUGACUCUGUUCAGCCCACCAGACAACUGCGACUGCCUACAUCUUAAUCUCAUGCUGACGGAGGACGGUGGACUGGGAGCUAUUGUACAGGAUUUUGGUACGUGUCUCGAGCUGUGGACAAGAGAGGUGAGUGACAGCACUGAUACACGAUGGGUGCUGAGCCGGGUCAUGGACCUGCGCAAUUUGCUCCCAACUAGUACUCGCUUGAAUCGAGGUUUUACAGUGCGCGUCAUGGGCUUCAUUGAGGGAGCAAACAUCAUUUUUGUUAACUCAGAGGUUGCUGGCAUCUUUACAAUUGAGCUGCGAUCAGAGCAGGUGAGGAAGGUGUGUGAUGAUUGUGGCUUUGGUGGUUUGGUUCCAGUUGUCACCUACACUCCUGUGCCUCAAGGCUACCACCAAAAUCUGCUGGUGUCCAAGCCUAGUGAGGAGGCAGGUGGUGAGGAGGGGGGAGAGGGGAAGAAGACAGUAGAUCAGGCACAACAGCUGUUCGACAAAGGGUCCAAUUCUAUCAAUGCUGGGGACUUGGUCAACACCUUCGAAUCCAUCAGCCUUGACCAUGGUAUCAGGGUUCCAGGCUAUGGGGAAGUUGCUCCGGCCUGUGCUAGCAUAUUUGACAAAUAUGGAUGUGCAUACAAAGCUCAAAAGGUGAAUGAUUCUUUGUAUUCUGUCCCCAAGAGUGCACCAAAUGAAGAAUUGGUGAAGGGCACAACCAGUGAAGAUGAUGCUGGGGACUCAAUGACCUCUGGUAGCAAUGUUGAGGUAGCUGCUCCAUCUUCUGAGAAAGGUAAUUCUCAAGAAGUGCUCAAGAGGUGA